AUGUUCUCUCUACAAGUUAAAUGGGGUUGUUCUCAAUGUCGAUCUACUACUACUGAUCGUCGAAAAUAUUGUAUUGAUUGUCAUUCUAUGUUAACUUGGACAUGUAUUGGCUCGGGAAGAUCUGGAUUAUACACGCACUUUUUUCGGCAUCGUGAUAAUUGUAUUCAUUGUGCGUCAGAAAUGGGAGAUAAACCACAGGAAGUAGAACAAAAACAUCGUGAUAUUCAAAAACUUCAAAAAUUGAAUAACGAACAACGUCCGUGGUCUGAAUGGGGUCGUAUUUAUGAAUCUUGUAUACAACAUAUAGGACAUGAUAUUGAACAAGUACACCAAUUAUAUUCGAUGUGUGAACAAUCACUGAUAAAAUAUUGCUUACAUAGAACAAAGAAACAAUCAGACAACGUUAACACAACAUCUUUAUCUCCGAUGAAUUUACUUGUAGUGACUUUGUGGUACUUAAAGCAUUAUCAUUCGGAACGCUAUAUUGCUACUGAAGUAAAUUUAAGUCUAUCUACAGUGCAUCAUAUUUUAACAGAAGUUGUGGACAUAUUCCAUUCAUGUGUAUAUCCAGAGCUCGUUUCAUUACCAGCCGAUAUGGACAGUAAAAACACAGCACAUGGACCUGAAGAACACCAUAAAUUAAUAGUUGAUUCAACUUCUAUUGCUGUUCCACAACCUAAUGAUUCACAGCAACGUAAAGCUUAUUUUCACUCGAAAAGUGCAACAAAUUAUGCAUUUAAGAUACAGAUAGCUUGCGACUUUAAUUAUCAAAUAGUGCAUGUUUCCGAAAGUUACCCUGGAAGCGUACAUGAUAUCACCAUUCUACGCGAAUCGCUAUUAUUAGAACACGUGAAGGACUCUGUGCAAAUUAUUGCUGAUAAAGCAUAUAUUGGAGAAGAAUAUGUCAUUACUCCAAAGAAGAAAUCUCAUAGAGGCGAAUUAUCAACUGAAGAAAAGAACUUUAACUAUGAUAUCAAUAGUGCAAGAGCAGCUAUUGAAAAUAUCAAUCAACGUAUCAAAACUUAUGCUAUUCUUGGUAGCGUUUACAGAGGAGCUAUUGAUGAUUUCGAUAAAAUUACCAAGAUCUCACAGGUUGUUUGCGCUUUGUGUAAUCUUAGUUUAAUUAAAUAUCCUAUUCGAAAAUAG